AUGUGUCUACAACUGGGUGGCCUGAGCUGCAGUGAUUACAAGAAGAUUUUGAUGAAGACAGGCCUGGUGCUGCUGGUUCUGGGCCACAUCGGUUUUAUCACAGCUGCCUUACUGCAUGGCACAGCCCUGCGCUAUGUCACAGACACCCACGAUGCCGUCUCGCUGCAGUAUGCAGUCUCCAACAUCCUCGCCGUCACCUCAGCCAUCUUGAUCAUCGCCUGUGGGAUCACAGUCAUUGUGCUGUCCAGAUACCUUUCCCUCACCUCCCUACGAUGGACGGUGUUUGUUGCCAGUGUAACCAGCGCCCUCUUCUCCCUUGUCUGUUCCCUUGGCCUCCUGGCAUCUAUCGCCAUCACCUUCGCCAACCAGGGCAGGUCACUGCUUGCCACCUGUUCCUUUGGGAACUCAGAGCUCCUCUCCCUGACGCCGGACUGUCCCUUUGACCCCACCCGAAUCUAUAGCUCCACCCUAUGUCUCUGGGCUAUCUCCUUGGCCCUUUGUGUGGCUGAAAGUGCCUUUGCUGUCCGGGCAGCCCAGCUCACUCACCAGCUGCUGGAACUGAGGCCCUGGUGGGGGAAGAGGAGUCAACAUUUGAUCACAGAAAGCUCAAACCUUAGUGAGGGCCGAGAUCUACUCAGCUGCUCCAGCUUGGAGCCAGUGCCCGUCUGA